UCUCAGUGAGAGAGAAGGUGUUUCCCACAAACACACACACUAACACACACACACACACACACAUUCACACAGAGUCUUGCUGUCUGACGCUUCCUGGAUCCACAGUGUCGUGGAAACUUUGUGAAGUUUGGUGUUGGAGGGAGCAGGAGGGGGAGCUCCGGGAGUCCACAGCGGCGCUGCUGCUCUCUCACGGAUCAGUUGGGCUCUGAGCUCCGGGGAUGGCGGCCGUCAAGGCGCUGCAGCAGUGGUGCAAAGUCCGGUGUGAGGGCUACCGGGAUGUUAACAUCACCAACAUGACCACGUCUUUCAGAGACGGCCUGGCUUUCUGCGCGCUCAUCCACAAACACAGACCCGAUCUCAUAAAUUUUGAUUCACUGAAGAAGGAAGAUGUCUAUGAGAACAACAAACUGGCGUUCAAGGUUGCGGAGGAGGAGUUGGGAAUUCCAGCACUGCUGGAUGCAGAAGACAUGGUGGCUCUUAAAGUUCCUGACCGCCUCAGUAUCCUGACAUACGUCUCACAGUACUACAACUACUUCCAUGGACGUUCCCCGAUUGGUGGUAUGGGAGGUAUAAAGCGCCCAGCUGAUGGUCCCACAGAAGAGCCGUCUGGGAAGAAGAACCAGCCGGUGACGGCAAAAGUGUUUCCGUCUUCCACACCUGCCAGAGAGAACAGCCCUCCCCCCUCCUCCAACAUCACAAGGCCCUCUCCCUCCCCAAGACAAACCAGAAAUGCCACAAAGGAUGUUGUGGUUGAGAAACCUCAUCAAACAGGCACCCUGAGUAACAAAUGUGUGUCCUGCAACAAGCAUGUUCACCUGGUGCAGCGACAUCUAGUGGACGGGAAGCUUUAUCACAGGAACUGUGCAAGGUUACUGUCGCCUCCAAACACAUCCACACCUCUCAGAGAUUUACCCACAAACACCUCUGUUUCCAAAUUUACUCCUCUACAAGACUCCCCUAAAUCAAACACAACCACUACCACUCACACCACCUCCAGACCAAUAUGGCUGACAGAGAAACCCAGCGCCCCUCCCAGCUUCUCCACUACUUUCUCUACUCCGUCUCCUUCCCGGCCGGCUUCGAGUCUCUCCUCUGCUGCUAAAGACACUAAGACAACUGCUGUCUCCAAACCAACAGCUCCACAGACUACUUGUGAAUCUACCUUCACCACAACAACCGCAUCUAUCACCACCAGGCCCAUCGCUGCUCCUCGUACCUCCACCACGGCGGCAAAGACACUGCAGUCCAAGCUCAAGUUCUUCCAGUCAGAUAACACAGCUAACAAUGAUGACAAAAAGACUACAACCACCAAGAUUGACAUAAACAAAGGGACAAAUGUGACCGGUAAGGUGCAGGAGGCCACAGCAGGGCAGGCCGUCACUGUGGUUGUGAAUGUUGGUGAUUUUGGCAAAAAGGACACAAAUGUGAGCUUGAACACAGGUGGGGAGAAAGCUAAAGCAGCAGGUGGAGAUUCAAAGACGAAAGCAUCGGCAGUAGCCUUCCUCUCCAAAAAACUGGCAGAGGAGAACAAUAAUAACAACAGUAAGCCAUCGUGGGCAAAUGUAGUACUGAAGAAAACUGACAAACCUUCCGAUGUCGAGACUCCAAAAAGGGAGACGGAGGGAGUCAGAGGGAGAGUGAAGCUGAAAGCAGACCCAUCUCUCCUCGCUGACCUGCAGAUUCCGGCAGACAGGCGGACUCCGAGUCCGACUGGCAGGACUGGACUCAGAUCCAGAACUCCAGAAAGAGGCGUCCCAAAGCCCCGCAGCGCAUCACCGAGCACCUCAGCAUCAGAAAAUGAGUCACCUGCGGACUGGAGGUCGAAGCUCAAACCCGUUUCCAAACCGCCUGUUCCUUCACAGCCCUCUCAAAAACCCUGGGCUAAUGGAGCUGGAAAGACUCAGACUUCUGAGCCGUCUGUCGGGCCUUCUCCCUCCUCUCAUCUCUCCACACCGAGCAUUUCUGUCACUCCACCUGCAUCAAAGGGACUUGUGAAUGGUCAGGAAGACUCAACUGCUAAUACCAAGCCAGAGUCAAAGAUCACCAAGUCUAAGCCAGACUACAUCCACAAAGAUGCUAUCUUGAAGGAACUUAAGGAGAUUGACGACAGUUUGAAUGAGUGGGAGAAGAGGGGAGUGGAGCUGGAGGUGAGGCUCCGCAGCUGUGAGGAAGAGGGCGUAGAUGACUCUCUCAUGGAUGAGCUCAUGGUCGAGUGGUUCAACUUGAUCAGGAACAAGCAGGUGGCCAUGCGCCGGGAGUCUGAGCUGGUCUACAUUGGAAGAACUCAGGACUUGGAAGAAGAGCAGCCCAGUGUUGAGCAGGAGCUCAGGAGACUGAUGGAGAAACCAGAACAUCUGAAAACAGCAUGGGACCGCAAGAGAGAAGAGCAGCUGAUGGCCAAACUGAUGGAGAUCGUCAAUGACAGAAACGCUAUAGUAGAAGGUCUGGAUGAGGACAGACUCAGGGAGGAAGAGGAGGACGAGCAGCUAAACAAGAUGAUGAUGAAUUUCAACAUAAAGAAAGACAAACCAAAGAAAAAGUCUCCAAUGUCCAAACUGUUCGGCGGUUGGGGGAACAAGAAGGAGGGAUGAUGCUCUGCAAAACACAGCGCCUGCUACUCUCUUUGAUGUUUUUUUUUUUUUUUUUGUCGCUCUUGUUGUAGUCUUAACGUCAGUGUGCUCAGCCUGUGAUUCAUGGGAUAACACUGAUCGUCUGUGUGUGUGUGUUUGUGUGUGUGAUCUGUCAUUCUAAGCGCUUUUAGAAAAAUGCCCUUCCCUCUGUCGACUGCAUCACUCAAGAUCUGACAUUACUCCUGCCUGCUGGCGCACGCACGCACACACACACUCACACACACACACACACACACACACACACACACACACACACACACACACAGAGAAGGCUGAUGUUGCAGGGUUAAUGACUCACCAGCCGUGAUGUGAUUGGGUUCAGUGCUCCAGUUGUUAGUUUUAAUACCCUUCUAGUCUUAAUCUGUCUACUUAAUACUGUCAAACACACACACACACACACACACACACACACACACAUUUUUCCCUUACAUCUUCUUAUAUGUGCAACUUAUUGAAAUGUUGGUUGUAUACAGUAAUAUUACAGAUGCUAAUACGGGUUGAGGAACAGAGGUCAGAUGGAUGCUUCUCGCUCUCUGCUCAUGACUCAGUCUGUCUGUCUCUGUUGCCGUCGAUUACAUGUUGAACUGCAUUUAAUUUUGAAAGAUCUCUCUCUAUCUCUCUAUUUUUUCCCGGACAACAAGUUUUUACUCAUUUCCCUUUGAUAAGGACAGGCUUUUUUUUUUUUUUUUGAAGUUUUAAACCCUUUGUUUAUAGAAUUGCAUCUUCUAGACUAGUGGUUUCCAACCUCAGAUUCGUUUUUUUUUCUUGCGAAUAAUGUGUUCACGUAGCAGAGGUGGUAACAAGUAAUCAUUUUGCAAGUCAAAAAUAAGUGUAAAGUCUUUGCACUAAAAUCCCUAGAAUUUGAGUUCUACAAUUAUUCUACAAAAAACAGAGCAAUAAUAUAUUAAACGUAUAAAAGUCAUGAGGGCUUUUUGUAAAAAUGUGGGGUUUUUUUGUUAAAAAAAGUUUGUUGGAGGUUGUGUUUCGGUCUUUAAUUUUUAAACCACGUUUUGCACAUAGCAAGUCAGUUUUGUUAACAUCACAUAGUUUUUGUGCAUAAAUGAAAUUAUGUUUGGUAUCAUCUUUUCCAACUGACACUCAGUUCCAUAACGUUAUUUCUUCAUGGUUCUCUCCUUUAACUUGAUUAGAUGCUGCUGGAUUGGUUAAAACAAAGUGGAUGUCUGGCAUUAAGUGUCAACUUGCUGGGAAUAAGUAGUGUUACGUUAGUUAAUUCAGUAAAUGAAGGGAGAGGAAUUGAUUUGUGGCACACUUUUUACACAAUAUACUUUUGAAUCUUUGGGCAUUUAGGAAGGCAUCAGGUACUUUGAAGUCAAAAGGCACAAGUCCAACUGAAGAUACGAGUCAUUGGUGUCAAAUCCAAGUCCGGUUGCAAGUCUUUGAUUUCUCUAGUCGAAUCUAAAGUAAUCAAUUAUGUGACUCGAGUCAACAACUCUUAGCUUUGUCUAAUCUCUCUUUAUUUGAUCUUGUAUGAGCCUUUAGGCAGAGCCUUGUUUUAAGCAGUUAAAAGCAGAAAAAAAGUUGGAAUCCACUGUUCUAGAAAGGGAAUAUUCACGCACCAAUUUAUAGCUUUGGGUUUUUAAUCAGCUAACUCAGUUCUUCAAGAAUGAAGUGAAAAGCUCUGAAUUAUUAGUAAGUGCACCUUUGAUCUUAGAUUUUCUCUUCAGUUUAUGUUUUUAAUGAGUUAAAGCAUAUCUGAUGCUCAAACAUAGCUGCAAGGAAGUGGCUGGAUGUCAUGCUUUGUAUAAUUGUCCUCUCUAAUCAUGUUUUAUUGUACUUGAAUGUGCAGUUUAUAUUUUUACGGUUGACUCAAGGAAAAGGAUGAAUCGGGCUUGUGUCAUGUGAUUCAAAUAGACAGAUUAAUUACUCAAACUACAAGCAAGAGUUAACUGGAUGUGUGUGAAUCUUAGAAAUAUAAGAACUGGUCCAUAUUGGAUCUGGAUUUGUACAUUUUUUGUUUCUGGAUAAACUAUUCAGUUUGUGUGUGUGUUGUAAUCUAUUACUCUAGCGACACUGAAGUCAUUUUAUAAUCUCUGUGUUGUGACCAAAAUGCUUAAUUUUAACAACCGUGGUAGUACACAAAAUCCAACUUUGUAUAUAUGUUAAUGUUCUUCUCCUCUUUAUUCUCCUUUAACUCAGCUGUAUAUGUUGUACAAAGUUACAGCAGUCAGAUCAUUAAAUGGUGAAACUGGCUUGGAUUUUAAACAGAUUACUGUAAUAAAUGUACUAAAAUUUUAAUAAAAACUCAAAGUCA